AAACAGUUCGUAAACAGCAAUGGCGGAAAACUAAGCCGACAAGUGCCUGUUUAUAAUUUGAUUUAUCUAGAUUACAUGACAUGAGGAUGGAGAGAAGGAUAGGCUUAGCAGCAUUAGAUGUGGAACGGUAUUCCAAACAAGGAACAGCUGAUCUACAAGUUGGACAUAUAGAUAAAGCCCUUGAUGCAUUUAAGUAUGCCUACAAACGCUCUCGCGAUGUGGAUGAUGGCUAUACUGAAAGAGCUUGUGCUUUCAAUCUUGGUGCUGCAUAUGUCGCUGCAAAUCAAGCCAGAAAAGGGUUGGAUGUUCUUCAGCAAGCAAUUCCUCCCGACAACAAAAAGGAGGGGCGAUCCAAUGGUGACCUCUAUUUCAAUUUUGGUUUAGGAUUUGAAAGCCUUGGAAAUUUAGAGGAGGCCAUAAGAUACUACACAAAGUCAUACGAAGAGUAUAAGUCAGAGAGAGAUAACCUCCAGAUGGAAGCAGAAUCGUUGGAAAAACUUGGAAAUUUACAGGUGAAAACUGACAACAUUUUUGCAGAAGAUUCAUACGGAAAAUUGGCGGAAGUUUAUGCUCUCAUGAAUCAACCUGUUAAACAGUUAGAAGCCUUGAACCUUAAAGCCAACCAACAACAUAAACACAAUAAAUCUGCUGAAUGUGAGGUUACUGCUGAUGAAUGUCUCAAGCUUACAGAGCAAUGCGGCAGUAUAACCCAAGUCGGAAAUGUUCUAAAUGACCUUGGAUUGAUCUACACCCAAAUGCAGAAGUAUGAUCGAGCUAUUUCCUGUUUCGAGCAAGCAUUGCCAUUGGUCCGUGGUAGGUCAGGUGACAAGAAGCAAGAAGCGGUUAUCCUUCAAAACCUUGGUGCAACCUACAACUUUGUUGGUGACUACCAGAGAGCUGUUGGUUUUCAUGAAUCUGCUUCAAAUUUAUAUGCUGAGCUGAAAAAUCGGAACAGUCAGGGACAAUGUUUUGCUAAUCUGGCCUUUGCACUGAGUCAGUUGGGAGACAAAGAGGGAGCCGGAGAAGCUUUUCUACAUGCUCAUCAAGCUGCCAAAGACACCGGGGACACCCGCACACAGUGGCAGGUGUUGGAGGGCCUCGGAGCAGUUGCGUUUAACAACGGUAACAUCCCCCGGGCCAUUGACUGUUUUAAACGAGCCCUAGCUGUCAUAGCAGCCUCCGAAUCUAACACAACAGUACAAGACAGGAUUGUAGGGAAACUAACCAACGCCCUCCAAGAACAGAUUAUAAGGAAAUCUGUAGGCACCAGCAAGCAUGAUGCUCCUGUAAAGACUGAACAGCGACAUCUGACAAUGGCCAAUAUUCUCUCUGGUCGGUCUGUCCAGGCUGCUAAUCCAGUGUCUGAACAACCCAUCAAAAUGGAAACUGCUGAUCCAGUACAGUCCUCAAGUAAACCAGACAAUCCGAGGUUUGUCCCAGUGAACAGACCUGGGUCCCGCAGAGAAUUCCAGAAAGUGGCUCGGGGCCUGAGUUCGCUGGGAUCAGGCUCAUUGAGCAUGGAUGGUAGUGAGACACUGAGACCUGGCACUCUGAUAGUCAACUCGUCUUCUUCAGCAUCUUCCUCCUCCUCUUCGUCUUCAUCAUCCUCAUCUGAGGAGGAUAGCCAGGAUGAAAAAAGGAAGUCAAAAGUACAUGUAGAAGUAAAACCGGGGGGAAGUCUCCAUCCUACCUCUAAAUAUGGAAGCUUGACAUCUUCCAAACGAAUUGACACAAAGGCUUCCACCAUUCAAAGGAAGCCUUUAUUGUCAACAGCAUCAGAGAAAACAUCAUCAUCAUCGUCAUCUGACUCCUCGUCAUCAGAGGAGGAAGGAGGGAAAGAGGAUGAUGAAGAACACAUUGAUACACAGGCUGUCAAGGCAGAGAUGAAAAAACAACUGGCUCAAAUCAGAGAAAGCUCUAGCUCAAGUUCUGAAGAAGAGGAGGAAAACCAAGCGGAGAAAAAGAAAGGUACACAUGCCUUGGGGACAGUAGAUGAGAAGAGCAAUGAAUCAACAUCUUCAUCCUCUUCCUCUAGUUCUGAUGAAGAUGAGUCUGCACCCCAACUGCCCACCUCCCCUCCUUUACUGUCAGGGAAAAUGAACACAUACGAAGACCCAAGCGUUAACUACAAACAGAUCGACUUUGUAAACAAGCAAAAAGGUGAGGUACCAUCUACAACUUCAAGCACACAAGACCAUCCCAACUAUUUAAGUGGGCAGUCUGACCUCUCAAAAGAAGAUGAUGACGAUGAAAGUGACGAUGAAUUUGAUUUUGAGAUUUCGGGAAAAUAUGAAAAUAUUGAGAAAUUAAGGACGCAUGACAGCUCUGUUACUGCCCCAUCGUCUAGCCAGACAGAUACUGUUCCUAAGGAUGAGGAAAGAGCUGCUGCAGCAGCACGUGCUUCUGGUAAUUGGGAGGACCACCGCGAGGACGACCCCACCUAUCAGAGCAUCGACUUCCGCACACAGCAAGGAGGGUUUGCUAACACUCCACUAGGAGAUAAUGAGGACCACAAACAUGUGUCAGACCUACCAAGAGGAGAAAGCCUCGCUGACCAAGAAACUUUUCUACACAACGAACACAUGAAACUUGUGGAGAAGAGGCAGGCGACUGACGAAACGGACCAACAGAAGGUGAAGGAAUCCAAAACAUGUGUUGUGAUGUGAUCAAUGAACCGUGAAAUCGGCUGAGGCACCACUAGUGAUGAUGGACAUUUUACUAAAAAUCAUCUAUUUUCUUACAUACUUUUCCAUGUAACUUGUAUAUUGUUUAAUUAUAUUAAUACUUUCCAAUCAAAACUGUUAACACCUUGUUUUAAACCGUUAAGACUUGGCAUUCAGAUAUUUUUUGU